CGUCUUUACUCACUAAGCACACGCUGCUCCGGCAGAGCUAGAGACUCUCUGUGAAGAAAAAAAACCAAGAGAGACGAAAAUUAUUAAUAAAAUAUAUUGUUCUGAGCAUUCGUUUCAACACAAUUUGAAAUCUCGUUAUCGAAGAAUCAACAUCGUUAUUAUCGCGGUUGAAUCGUUUUACCGAAUUGCCGAACAGUAUUGUACAGUAAUUGUAUUUGUGUUGUGAAGGAUCAGUGAAACUCGACGAUGUCAUUGGUAAUGUUUGAAUCGCUCGGCGACAAGGUGGCCAUGUUCAAUCAGCAGGCGACCAGGCAUCAGGACACGCAAGCCAAGAACCCCUUCACCUCGGGCUUGAAUCUGCCCAGGCCAAAAUUCUCCAAAGAAGAAUACGGCCGACCGGCCGCUGGAUCGCUGUCCGAUAUUCGGGGGCGAAAAGCGUCGGCCCACAUUUACAAGGAGAUUCUCGAGUUGUGCGAGAUGAUUUAUCAGAACGGCACUCCCUGCAAGGAUGAGCCGGAUAUAAUUGGGAUCACCUUUGGCGAUUUGUUCAACAUUUACGUACACAUAAACGACAAAUGCGUCGGCCUUCUUCUGAGGGCCAGAAAACAGAACUUUCUUCACUUCGAGGGCGAGUGUCUGUUCCAGAGGCGGGAUGACAACGUGCCGAUUUUCCUCACAAAACCGAUAGCCGAGAUCAGGCAGAUCUUCAAACAGAAGCUCGAACAGCAGCGGAUAGAAGCCCAACAGAUAGAAGCUCAACAUUUAUAACCUCCGUAUAAUCAUCCUGUUAUUUGGACGAUAAAUAAUUUGUCACAAUUAUUUAUAUCUGUUAUGAUAUCGUGCGUUAUUAUGCAGCAUGAUUUUCCUUUAUUUCUUUCUGUUAUUUAUUUCAUUUUUUUCUUCUCUUUCUUCUUACUAACCAACAAAAAACGACCAUUAUUUGUAAUCAACUGAUUGUAGUUUGUAACUCGUGAGCGUGACUGGAAAACGUGGACCGAUGUAAAUAUUGUAUACGAGAAAUUGUAUAAGGCAUGUUGCUCUAGGUUAUAGUACAAUAAAUCAAUUUGUAAGAAAACAAAAAUAAAAAAUCAAACCGUAUGGAAAAA